AAAAUAUUCGCCAUAUUGGAUUUUAUUUUUUUUGGAUGUCACCUCACAGACCAAGAUGGAGACACUCAAAUAAGAGUAUACAGCAGCAAUGUCUACAAUGAUAUGUUAAGCCAGACAAAACUCAAGAUAUCAAGAACAAUGGUUGGAAGAUGCCUGAAAGAACUCUACCCAGGAACCAAGCUAGUCAAUGGCGGGAAAUCGACAAAGAACAUACCGAGAAAGUAUUACUACUCCGGGGUUUACUACAGGAGCGUUUCUUCCGAAAUCCCACAGUCAGCACCUAUAGCCUUCAACGAAGACACUGAUGACUUGGAUAUACAACCGUCAUGCAGUAUGACAAUACAAGCUAUCAUUGAAAGACUCGAAUCACCACCCACAAGACAAGGCCCUGCUACAUCGGAAAUCGCUACCAAGACAGAAAUAGAAUUCACCAGCACAGGAUCCCAGACAGAUUUCACCUCUCCAUCAACACAGCAAGUCAACGACCUACAAAAGCAAAACAAGCACCUCUGA